UAGAAGUGGGAUAGCAUAUCUGAGCCUGCAAUCCUUGCAGCUGGCUAGAGAGCAGUAGAUCAUCCCCAGCUCCGCGCAACGCGGAAAGCCUGCAAGGCGCACGGCAAACUGGCGUUUGCCUUAUUCCAACAAGCUUCUCCAAAGUCCCCAUUUUUACGCACGGCUCAAGGAUAGGAAGGGAGGGCACAGCCGCGCUGUCCCAGAAGGGUAGCCCAAGGAGGCGCCCUCUGAGGUGGGAGGGUUUCCCGACUUAUUCGACGCUCCUGGAAACAGGGGCGUGAGCGUCUGUGUGCUUUUUUGUCUUUUUUGCCAGCCCGCGAGAGACAAAAGCGCAACGUUUGGGUACCUCCUUCCCGGCGCUUCGGGAAAGGCAGGUGACGGGAGAAACGCCCGCCUCCAUGCUACCCCGCGCAGUUUGAGACGCUUACCGAGAGAAGGGGAAGGCACAAAGGGGGAGGACCCGUCGCUCUUUCCAGGCGAGCUAAACUUUUGGAGUUGGGAACCGGGCGGCUCAGGCUCUGCGGGCGCGCCGCGGGCGGGUAGUCAGGCGCGGGGGAUUCUUUGCCGAUGGGGUGGGAGUCCCGGGGAGGGCUUUCCCUUACUCGGGACCUGCACAGCGGCGGCUGCGGCGCCGGAGCUGCAGGGAGAUGCUGGACAACAACGCGAGCUGCCCGGAAUGCCGCUUCCACCCUGAGGCGCGCCACUCCCUGGCGGCCGUGCUCAUCUUCACGAUCGUCGUGGACAUCCUGGGCAACGUCUUGGUGAUCAUGUCCGUGCUGAGGAACCGCAAGCUCCGCAACGCCGGCAAUAUCUUUGUGGUCAGCCUGUCUGUGGCAGACCUGGUGGUGGCUGUCUAUCCCUACCCUCUUAUAUUGACCGCCAUCUUCCACAAUGAAUGGACCAUGGGCGACAUCCACUGCCAGAUCAGCGGCUUCUUCAUGGGCCUCAGCGUGAUUGGCUCCAUCUUCAACAUCACAGCCAUCGCCAUCAACAGGUACUGCUACAUUUGCCACAGCCUCCGGUAUGACAAGCUCUUCAACCUGAAGAACACCUGCGGCUACCUUUGCCUGACAUGGCUGCUGACCCUGGUGGCUAUCCUGCCAAACCUUUUCGUGGGCUCCCUGCAGUAUGACCAGAGGAUUUAUUCAUGCACUUUUGCUCAGACGGUGAGCAUGUCGUACACCAUCACUGUGGUGGUGGUCCAUUUCAUCAUCCCUCUCUCCAUCGUGACCUUCUGCUACCUUCGGAUCUGGAUCCUCGUGAUCCAGGUCAAGCACCGGGUGAGGCAUGACUGCAAGCAGAAAGUGCGUACGACUGACGUGCGGAACUUCCUGACCAUGUUUGUGGUCUUUGUCCUGUUUGCAGUGUGCUGGGGGCCAUUAAACUUCAUCGGCCUGGCGGUCUCCAUCAACCCUUCGAAGAUCAUCCCGCAGAUUCCAGAGUGGCUUUUUGUGGUGAGCUACUUCAUGGCUUACUUUAACAGCUGCCUCAAUGCCGUGAUAUACGGCAUUCUCAACCAGAAUUUCCGGAAGGAGUACAAGAGAAUCCUCCUUGGCCUCUGGAGUCCACGCCUGCUCUUUCUUGAUGCCUCGAAAGGUGGGACGGAGGGGGUUAAAAGCAAGCCAUCCCCGGCCGGAACAAACAACAACCAGGCUGAAAUCUUAUUGUAAAUAGAAGGACUAUUUAUUCUGCUCUGUCCAUAUGCACUAUGUAAAGCUCAUCUUCUACAUGCUAUCACAAGGGCCAAAUUUGACUCGUACAAAUGAUUCCACCACCUUCUGUCUCAUUCUCUCUCUCUUCAAACAAUGGGCUUGUUAUUAUGCUUUGUGAGAGUCGGCUUAUGGUUUCCUAGGUUCUGCUGAGAAAGAGCAUACACUUUUGAAGCAAGAAGCCUUCUUUGGCCACCAGCUUACAAGGUUGCCUUGGGGCAACUGCCUUAAGCUCAACUGGACCCUUUUAUCCAGGCCAGGACUCUCUGCUCUGGCUGACCAAACUCUUCAGCAUCUGGGGCCAAGAGGUCUAUUCCACCCUUUCAGCGAACAAUGCCUGGGAUUGAACCUUCUGCGUGCAAUGCAUGUGCUCUGCCACUGACGUGUGGGUUUAUCCUCUCUCAGCAUUAGUGCACGCACACAUGUGCGUGCACGCACACACACACACACCUCAUUCACAUUCCCACUGAAGUCAUGGAUUUGUGUAAAGAUUUGCAGGUGCUUGCCUGUCUUGUUGUUCUCUUCAAUGCUGCUUUUCACAGUGUGCCUGAUCGAUCUGGGAUGCGUGUGCUGCACAUAUGCGAUGACUCCCUAAGACAAGAAGCAUUCCUAGAAGGGUGCAUACAGCCUUGAGAAUGUGUUACUUUGUGCAUUGUCCUUCUCUGUAGUGUUCUACCGACAGAUGUGCCACACUCUGCUCCUUCUGGUGUGCCUCUGCUGGAGUGUGCAAAAGCUCUAGGCCGCAUGACCAACUUUGCGCUAUAUUAGAUUACUAUGUGUGUUAACCAGUGUUUUGCCACCAACCUGAUGAUAUAUCUCCAGCAAUUCUUCUUUAAAGCUUAGCAACAAAGAGCUGUGUCCUUGCCAGGCUGAAUACAUUAGUGUGCCAUGAGAUGGCUGCUAAUGUGGCAUGCAAGGUGAAUUACAGACCAUUAAGGGCUCAUGUAACCUCACAGCAAUCAUCCUGGAAGGAGGCUGCCCAUUGGGCUUCUGUAUGAGCCACUGUUCUCAGCUUUUCCAAUACAGAGGUAUGCCCAGAACAGUGGCUUGUACAGUAAAACAGUGAGGAUGAGCUCACCUGUAGAAAGGCUGUUUUAUUUAUAUAUGCUCUUAAGAACAAACCUUUUGCAAUGUAUUAUUUAAGUGUGCCUAUUUUUUAAGGAAAUAGCAAAAAAACAACAAAAAAAGGUAUGCCUGUGCUGUUAAAAAUUAAAGUGUCUUAACCAAAAAGCAGGGCAAAAAGCAAAUCAAAUCAGUUUUUAACCUGUGGUUGAUGGGUUGCUAUUUAAAUGUGAAUACAGCAGUGACAUGUUUAGAACAGCAGGACCUGUGGCGGUCCAUCAGAAUGUACCUAUUCCUCAAGUGUCUAAUUCAGCCCCAGCAGGGGAGGGAAGAGUCAAUUUAGAAAGUUUGAAACAAAAAGCAGCUUUGUGUGGCACAGAUUGGCUGGCCCUUCCCCUAAUCCUUGGACCAUGUUUGCAUUGGGGUGGGAGUGGAGUUUGCACUUGGAGAACAAAAUAAAGCCACAGAUGGAUGAAUGCAUAUCUGCAUGAUUGCCCAUGUACUGCAUGUAAAUAUAAAGAAAGCCAACCAGCCCUCCCACCAGAGGAAUGCUGGGAAAGGGAAGACCAGUGACUGGGCUGGCAUAUGAUUUGCUGGUAUGAAUACCUAGCACAACAAGUUCCAGAGCUGGGAAUAAUUGAGGUUCACUGGCAGCUGAGGGUUAUGCUGUGGGUUCUCUCUUUAUAUCCAGGGCAAGGAAUCUGCAGGUGUUGCUGGACUCCAACUCCCAUCAGCACCAGCCAGGACAAUGAAUUUCUAGGAUGCUGUAGUCCUGGCAACAUCUGGAGGUCAUUUGUCUUGCUUUCUGUGAUGUGUGUCUUUCUCCUAAGCAACACUGUGCCCUCUCUCUGCAAGCCCAGGUAUGGGAAAUCCUAUCAUUUGGGAAAGACCAGAAGUCUAGAUAGCUCUCCAAUGUUUAAUCAACAAAUUGGUCGAAUUAAUCAGUUGAGAUCAAUUCUGACUGACAAAAAUCAGAAAUUGGGGAGAAAUUGCUGUAAAAUUGGAGAGCAGUUAUUUUCCCAUAGGAAGAAAUGUAUAUUAGGAGAAGCUCACACACAAAAAAGGCUGAUGAAUUCUCAUGAGGACUUUUCAUUUAAAGCAGCUCAAGCUGAUUUGGAAAUGUGGAAACUUGAACGAGGCUGCAGAACUGAAGAACAGAGAGAAACUCAAAUUGACAAAUUUGCUGGCACUCUACCCUCAGUUAUAGGAAAUUUAUGAAUAUGGCAUUGCUACAGAGGUUUGGAUUUUUAGAGUGCAGAAAAAAUAACGGUAGGGCUCUACCUCACCUUAGACUUAUAGAACUGUAGAGUUCGAAGGAACCACAAGGCCCCCCUGGCCCAACUCCCUACAGUGCAGGAAUAUUUUGCCCGACCAGCCUCCCCUUUGUCCAUAUAGAUAUAUAAUCUGCAAUACAGCAGUCUUACUAAAACUUGAAUUUUGAACUGGUUUACAGCCACACACACAAGGGCAAACUGCAGGUGAUAUUAAAUACGUCUUAUCUAGCCUGCAAAAUGGUGUAUUUGUUUUUUGUUUCUUUAAAAAAUGCAAUUUGCCUCAGCAAGGGGUGAUAAUUAACGGAACCAGAGGCUGAAUGAAGGGGAGACUGAACCCUCCCCAAUGUAAUUCAGACAGAAAGGACAAUUAUAACAACCGACAAAAAUUAAAAUAUGAAAAACAAAACCAUAAAAUAGGCAUGCAGAAUGAGUAGCUGCACAUGAGUUAGAAUAGCAAAGUCUAAGUAAAGACUGUCAACUUCAUCAGAUUAUCAAGCCUAGUUCCGGAUUUGACAGGCUUGUGACAAGGAUUGUAUUGAAAGCAAUGUUGUAUAUGUUGUAAAGAAUUUCAAAUCAUAUAAAAGGUGUCUGGAGAACCUAAAGGUAAAGGUAAAGGAACCCUGACAGUUAAGUCCAGUCGCAGACGACUCUGAGGUUGCGG